UUAGCGUUUUGCUUGGUGCCAACGCCAUUCAAACACACAGAUCCACCACUCCUCCAACAGGAAUCUCUAGCCGCCUAAAACCCUCUCUAUAACAAUAGCACGAGAGUUAAAAACCCAACUCACUUCCCGUAUGCUAUGCACUAGGCUCAGGGCUGCCCUCUCCAUCCAAUUCCGCCGCUCCUCCUCCUCCACUCCUUCGCCUUUUCCUUACAUACACUCUCUCCCCCGCCAUUUCUCUUCGACGCCACUACCAAUCGCCUCCAUGGCAUCCAAUCACCCCAAAGACGAAGCGUACCUCCGUAAGGUCAUCCCCAAACGCAUCCAGCUCUUCCAGUCCAUCCAAUCCCGGCAACUCGCUCAGCGCGAGUCCCUCCCCGCCGAUCCCAUCAAGAUUGCGUUACCGGAUGGGACUGUGAAGGAGGGGAAGAAGUGGGUGACUUCGCCGAUGGAUGUGGCGAAAGAGAUCUCAAAGAGUCUGGCUGCGAACGCGUUGAUUUCGCAGGUGAAUGGGGUCCUCUGGGACAUGACGAGGCCCUUGGAGGACGACUGUGAGCUCAAGUUGUUCACUUUCGAUAGCGACGAAGGCCGCGACACAUUCUGGCAUUCCAGCGCGCACAUUCUCGGCGAGUCGGUCGAGCAGGAGUACGGUUGCAAGCUGUGCAUUGGACCCUGUACCACAAGAGGAGAGGGUUUCUAUUAUGAUGCAUUUUAUGGUGAUUUGGGCUUGAAUGAUGAUCACUUCAAGCAAAUUGAAUCAGCGGCAAUGAAGGCUGUUGCGGAUAAACAGCCUUUUGAGCGCAUUGAAGUAUCAAAAGAUGAGGCACUUCAGAUAUUUUCUGAAAAUCAUUUCAAGAUCGAAAUCAUAAAUGAUUUGCCUGCAGACAAGACAAUCACAGUGUACAGAUGUGGCCCCCUGGUUGAUUUGUGUCGUGGACCGCAUAUACCAAACACAUCCUUUGUCAAAGCAAUUGCUUGCUUGAAGGCUUCAUCAGCUUACUGGAGGGGGAAUAAAGAUCGUGAGAGUUUACAAAGAGUUUAUGGAAUUUCUUACCCUGAUAAAAAACGGCUUCAGGAAUAUAUCAAACAGCUGGAAGAAGCAAAGAAAUAUGACCAUAGACUAGUGGGUACAAAACAAGAGCUUUUCUUUUGUCAUCCACUCAGCCCGGGAAGUUGGUUCUUCCUUCCUCAUGGGGCUCGGAUAUACAACAAAUUAAUGGAUUUUAUUCGCAGUCAAUAUAGGGAGAGAGGAUACCAAGAGGUUCUGUCACCAAAUAUGUACAAUAUGCAACUUUGGGAAACAUCUGGUCAUGCUGCAAAUUACAAGGAGAAUAUGUUUGUAUUUGAGGUAGAAAAACAAGAGUUUGGACUGAAACCAAUGAAUUGCCCUGGGCACUGUUUAAUGUUUCAACAUAGAGUUCGCUCAUAUAGAGAACUUCCACUUCGACUGGCCGAUUUUGGGGUUUUGCACCGCAAUGAGGCCAGUGGCGCACUCACUGGAUUAACUCGUGUCCGGAGAUUUCAGCAGGAUGAUGCUCAUAUCUUCUGCCGGGAGUCCCAGAUAAAAGAAGAAGUACGGGGUGUCUUAGACUUCAUCAAACAUGUCUAUGAUGUUUUUGGGUUCACUUUUGACUUGAAGCUAUCCACGAGGCCUGAGAAGUACUUAGGAGACUUGGCUACAUGGGAGAGAGCAGAGGCUGCACUUGCAGAAGCAUUGGAUGAGUCUGGAAAGCCCUGGCAGAUAAAUGAAGGAGAUGGUGCAUUUUAUGGACCAAAGAUAGAUAUCAGUGUAUCUGAUGCAUUGAAUAGGAAAUUUCAAUGUGCAACAUUACAGUUGGAUUUCCAGCUUCCCGCUCGUUUUGAAUUGUAUUACUCAGCAGAGGAUGAAGCCAAGAGGGAGACCCCUGUUAUGAUACACAGAGCUGUUCUAGGAUCUGUUGAGCGUAUGUUUGCCAUACUCUUGGAGCACUACAAAGGAAAAUGGCCCUUCUGGCUUAGUCCACGUCAAGCUAUUGUUUGCCCAGUGUCGGAGAAAUCUCAGCCAUACGCGCUAAAGGUGCAAGAUCAGAUAUUUAGAGCUGGUUAUCAUGUCGAUGUUGAUACUACUGAUAGAAAGAUCCAGAAAAAGAUAAGAGAAGCUCAAUUGGCACAGUACAACUUUAUAUUGGUUGUUGGGGAGGAGGAAGCCAACACUGGACAGGUGAGUGUACGAGUCAGAGACAAGGCAGAUCAUUCAGUAAUGAGCAUUGAGAGCCUUCUGAAGCACUUUGAGGGAGAAAUUGCAGCAUUCCAUUAGAUUUUUGUUUUCAUAAAGUUAUUAACAGGUGCAUCUCAUUUCAUUUGUAUCAGAAUGUUAGCACGCUCUUGUACUUUGAUUUACUGUACCCUCAAUUCUUCUUUUGUGCUUUAUUCUCCCAAUUAAAGGUAUGCAGUUUUUUGUUUUCUUACUCUAUACAAAGUGAGAACCUUCGUGGGACUAUAGAAAAAGGAUGUGCACUUUCUACUGUCA